GUCCAGUCCUUCUUAGCCCGGCCCAUGUCCAACCCAGAUCUAUGGGCCGGUGAACCCAUUUAAUUUCCUGCCAACAUGUGCCUCGUCUACAGUGCCCACCAUGUCAACAUCCUUCCUUGUCUUAACAAAUAACAAUUUUCAGUACAAUCCCUAAAUUCCCUUUUCCUCUUCCAACCACCGGCGACCUCUGGAAAUGGAGCCUUCACUCUCCACCGGCGGGGCUAAGCUACGUCUCAUGUGCAGUUACGGAGGCCAGAUAAUCCCGCGACCUCAAACCAAGUCUCUCUUCUACGCCGGCGGCGACACCCGCAUUAUCACACUCCCUACCACCGCCGCCAAUCUCCUCACCCUCCCCAUCCUCGCCGCCCAUUUGGCCGCCGCCCUCCGCCUCGGGACACCGUUCACCCUCAAAUACCAGCUCCCUUUCCAUGAUCUCGACUCCCUCAUCACGCUCUCCACAGACGAGGACGUCGCCAUCAUGCUCGACGAGCACAACCGCGUCUUCCCUGCUCCCGCACGAAUCCGAUUGUUCGUCUUUCCGGCCAAAUCCGCCACCGUGGCAGGCGCGAAGCCCGCUUCCAACUUGGCGGAGCUAAGCGGCGGCGGGAGCGAGUUGACUCACCCAAAGAAGGAGAGCUGGUUCGUCGAUGUGUUGGAGAGCGCCAAGAUUAUGCAGAGAGGAGGAGUGGCGGGCUAUGCUGGCGAGGGUCACAACAACAAUGGCUGUGAACCUGUUGUUGGGAUUUGUGGAGCAGAGUCGAUGGCUCUUGAAACCAGCUCGUCAUUUGGAUCGACUUCGUCCUCCACUUCUUCAUCGAAUUUGCCUGCCAGAGCCCAGAUCGACGAAUGUGGGGCUCGUCCAAUUGAUAAUAGCAAGCUGAAAUUGUCUUCCCCAGAAUCAAUUCUCAGUGAUAGAGGCUUAGGUGGAACUAUGAUCUCUCAGCCUCACCAGGAUUCGGCUGGUUUUGCUGCAACAAUGGAUGGAAAAGUUGCCACUAAUCACUCUGAGCUUGAGGGAGAUACUCAACGAGCAGUUCAGGCCUCCACAUUUCAGCCGUCGUUUCAAUUCGAUCAGCCACGGCAAGUGCAUUAUGUCCAUUCCAGCGGCUUACAGUAUGCGGCUCCGAACCCAGUUGGCGUAAUGCAAAUGCAGAUGCCUUCAUAUUACAUGAUGAACAAUCCUUCACUUACACAGCAGCCAGUUUACUACCACCAGACCAAUCAACCUCAACCGAUUUACUUCGUAUCUGCACAACAGACUUAUAGUAAUGCCCCUAUGCAAAGUGGUUUGGUUAGCUCUUCAACAGGGAAUCUGCCUCCAUUGCAUCCAAGCUCUUCCAUGAGCCCUGCCCAAGUGAGUUACAAGGUCGCGCCCACUUCAUCACCACAGGAGUUAGGUCUGCCAAUGAAUCUUCAAACUCAGCCACCCUCUGCCAUUGCUUCAUCAGUGGAUAAAUCUAGUUACAGAAGAGAAGAAGAUGACGGAGAUGCAUCGCAUGCCCAGAUAUACAAAUCUCAGCCUCCUCCACCUCCUGCAGCACUACAAUUUCAGUACCAAACCUUGGCCAAAGGUACGACGACAAUGUUAGCUGAUGCACUGGCACAGUUGCAUACUGAUAACAUCAAACCACCGCUCAUAUCACAGUGAACGCACUCUGUUAGCUGCAGUGCCAACGAUUUUCCGGAAGAUUUGCAUUUUUCUUGUUUUAAUUGAAAGGUUGAGCUUUUCUUAUGUUGUUUUGAAUGUUGAAGGAUGUUCUUUGUGUUGCUGAGUUGUAAUAGCGGUUUGUUGUAGUUGUCCUGUAUUAUCACCACUGGGUUUCCAUGUACCUCCAAAUCAUGUGUUUUGAAUAAUAGAGUUUUCCCCUUCUGAGAUGUACUACAAGACACUAAUCAGUUUGUAUACGUUUGCUUGAGCAUAAUCAUCUGAGUUACUUGUUCAGGAUUUGAGGUUGUGUUAGGAAAACCCUAUGAAAUUAUAAGAUCUACCCUUCAUCGCUGAUUACUUAAGAACUGUUAUUAUAAAAUGGCCAUCUUUUC